AUGGGAGGUUCUGUUUUUGCGCAAACUGAAAACCCUGAUGGUGAUGUUGGUGAUGGUGGUAGUCCUACGGAAAUAAGUUGCACUACUACUUAUGAUGCUACUUGUGGUCAUCCGGCAACUACGAAUGCUAAGACUAGAAAUCGGUAUUGA